UGCAAUCUUUUACUUGAAGUUUUGGAUUCUUUUUUGUUAUUUAAUGGCAAACUAAAUUUCGAUUUGACACUAAGUUUCUAGCGAUUCAUGCAUAAUUCGUUUAGGGCUUUUGAGAAUUUAGGGCUUUGGAGGAUUUACAAACUUUUUACUCAUUUACUCACAAAAUUGUUGCAAUUUGAUGAGUUUUGAGAAUAUAGGGUUAGAAGAUUAGCAAGUUAAUGAAAACAGGAGAAGCUGUUGAUAUUGGAGUUGCAGCUUUUACAAAUUCACUUAAUUUAUCAUCUAACUCUUUCUAUUCAUUUGAUUUGGCUGGCUUUAAUUUUAUUGUUUCAGGAAUUAUAUUUCUUGAUACCUUAAUACCUUUCAUGAUAUCAUUUUUCAGUAACAAGGAAUCGAAGUAAAAGAGAAGGAGUUAAUUGUUCGGUAACAAGAAAUAAAUGAGAGAGAAAAGGUUUACAUCACUUUCCAAGACUCCCGGUGAAGAAGACGCAUUUAUGGUUUUUGCUGGAGUUCUUGUCAUGAUUUGUUGCUUGAUAUCAAUGUCGAAAGCCAUGCUUGCUGAAUUAUGGCCUGAAGUAAUCAUGGAUCACCAUAAAUUAUCAAAAGCAAUCAGGAGAGCAAAGAAAAGAAGAGGAAUAGCUGAAAUAAGUCAG